AGAAAAAGAAGGGAGGCUUCCGCUCACAACAAACUUGUCCAUGACAGCUUGUAAAUGAAUAAAGUCAUACAAGUGUCAUAGAAACGGAGACAUUUAGCAACAAUGAAGCUCAACAUCGACGGUUUGUUGGUGUAUUUCCCCUACGAUUACAUCUAUCCUGAACAAUACUCGUACAUGCUGGAGCUCAAGAGGACGCUGGAUGCUAAGGGCCAUGGUGUCCUGGAGAUGCCGUCAGGAACUGGCAAGACCAUCUCACUGUUGUCGCUCAUUGUUGCGUACCACAGGGCGUUCCCUCAGGAAGUCACCAAGCUGAUCUACUGCUCCCGAACAGUCCCCGAGAUUGAGAAGGUGGUGGAGGAGCUGAGAAAGCUGAUGGAGUUUUAUGCCAAGGAGACAGGCGAGAGAAAUAACUUCCUGGCUCUGGCGCUCUCUUCCCGCAAGAACCUUUGCAUUCAUCCGGAGGUGAGCAGCCUGCGCUUUGGAAAGGAGGUGGAUGGUAAGUGUCACAGUCUGACGGCGUCAUACAUUCGCGCACAAAAUCACAUCAACCCCAACCAGCCUGUUUGUCGCUUCUAUGAGGAGUUUGACGCUGUGGGCCGGCAAGUGCCGCUUCCCACCGGCAUCUACAACCUGGAUGACCUGAAGGACUUUGGCCGCAGGAAAGGAUGGUGUCCCUACUACCUGGCACGCUACUCGAUCCUGCAUGCCAACAUCGUGGUGUACAGCUACCACUAUCUGCUGGACCCGAAGAUAGCAGACCUGGUGUCCAAGGAGCUGGCCAAGCAGUCUGUGGUGGUCUUCGAUGAGGCGCACAACAUCGACAACGUGUGCAUUGACUCCAUGAGUGUUAACAUCACAAGGCGGACGCUGGACCGUUGCCAGGGUAACGUGGACACGCUGCAGAACACCAUACACAAGAUCAAGGAGACGGACGCUGCCAAACUGAAGGAGGAAUAUCGCCGCCUGGUGGAGGGCCUGAAGGAAGCCAACGUUGCGCGGGAGACUGAUGUCUACCUCGCCAAUCCCGUACUGCCGGACGAGAUCCUAAAAGAGGCCAUUCCCGGCACCAUCCGGACCGCCGAGCAUUUUGUCGGCUUCCUGAAGCGCUUCAUGGAGUACUUGAAGUCCCGUCUGAGGGUGCAGCAUGUAGUCCAGGAAAGCGCCCCACAGUUCCUCAAAGACAUCUUUGACAAAGUCUGCAUCGACCGCAAGCCUCUCAGGUUUUGCGCCGAGCGUCUGCAGUCACUGUUACGGACGCUGGAGAUCGCAGACCUCACAGAUUUCUCCGCCGUCACGCUCAUCUCCAACUUUGCCACGCUGGUCAGCACUUACAGUCAAGGUUUUACCAUCAUCAUCGAGCCAUUUGAAGACAGAACGCCGACCAUCGCCAACCCUGUGUUGCACUUCAGCUGCAUGGACCCGUCUAUUGCCAUCAAACCAGUCUUUCAAAGGUUCCAGUCAGUCAUCAUAACGUCGGGGACGCUUUCCCCACUGGAUAUCUACCCUCGCAUCCUGGACUUCCGGCCUGUCACCAUGGCUUCUUUUACCAUGACGCUGGCUCGAACCUGCCUCUGUCCGCUGAUUGUCGGGCGAGGAAACGACCAAGUGGCUCUGAGCUCCAAGUUUGAGACCAGAGAGGAUUUCGCUGUGAUUCGUAACUAUGGCAACCUGCUCUUGGAGAUGUCUGCCGUGGUUCCUGAUGGCAUUGUGGCGUUUUUCACCAGCUACGUCUACAUGGAAAACAUUGUGGCGUCCUGGUACGAGCAGGGUAUUCUGGAGAACAUUCAGAAGAACAAGUUGAUCUUCAUCGAGACGCAGGACGCCGCAGAGACCAGUAUGGCACUGGAGAAAUACCAGGAGGCGUGUGAGAACGGCAGAGGAGCCAUCCUGCUGUCGGUGGCACGAGGGAAAGUUUCGGAGGGGAUUGAUUUUGUGCACCACUUUGGCCGAGCAGUCAUCAUGUUUGGCGUUCCAUAUGUUUACACGCAGAGUCGCAUCCUCAAGGCCCGUCUGGAGUACCUGCGAGAUCAGUUCCAGAUCCGAGAGAACGACUUCCUCACCUUUGACGCCAUGCGACACGCCGCGCAGUGCGUCGGCCGAGCCAUCCGAGGAAAGACCGACUAUGGACUCAUGAUUUUUGCUGACAAGCGUUACGCCCGAGCGGACAAGCGCGGGAAGCUUCCUCGCUGGAUCCAGGAGCACAUUAGCGACGGCAGCCUCAACCUCACUGUGGACGAGACUGUGCAGCUGUCCAAGCAUUUCCUUAGACAGAUGGCUCAGCCCUUCAGACAGGAGGACCAGCUGGGUUUGUCUCUGCUGACACUGGAGCAGCUGCAGUCAGAGGACAUGUUGAAGAAGAUCGCUCAGAUGGCUCAUCAGAGCUGAAAGCGCUCCCGAUUGACUAAUAAGUCAUCAUGUUAAGUAAGGUAAAGCAGUGACAAUACUUGAAUGGACAUUUUUCUACUCGUACUAUACUUUUCACGUAUAUCUUUUCAUUUUGUCCAUUUUUAUUACAUUCGGGUCAGUAUCACUACAAACUGCCUUUGGUGUCCUCAUCAGAAUCACUGUUAUCAUGAAAAUGUAGCAGAAGAGUAGCCAAGCAUUAGUACCAUUAUGUGAUUUGAUAAAACAAAUAAUUUUGAUCAUGUAUAUAUUAUUUUCAUAGUCAUAGUCAACAUUUUGUUUGUCCCUGAAAUUGCUGUCCACCCUCUAAUUAUGGGGUAGGCAACCCUCUUGAUGUUUUCAGUGACAUCUCCACCAGCAUUUUGUCUUCAAUGAAGGCUGAGACAGUGGACACUUGCAGCGUAAAUAUUUACACUUGUGUAAUUCAUUCAUUCAUUUCCGUACCGCUUAUCCUCACUCUGGUCACGGGUGUGCUGGAGCCUAUCCCAGCUGACUCUGGGUGAGAGGUGGAGUGCACCCUGAACUGGUCGCCAGCCAAUCGCAGGAUAGAUGUAAUUCUCAUCAUGUCAUGUGUAGUUUGGAUGUUGUCAAGCUUAACAUUUCCACUGUCAUAGUGAAAUAUCGAUGUGAAAACAUUUCAGAAAUUUGAAAUAUAAAUGUUAAACAGUACAGUCAGCUUGCCAACUGAAUCAUAUUAAGUGAAGGGCCACCAUGUGCUCAUUAAAGGCCAAAAAUGUCCACUGUCAGCAAGAUCAUAUAUUUUGUUUGCAUUGUCCUCAGCAUCUAAUAAAUACAAUAAAUACCAAGUUCAA